GUACAUCCAUGACUGCAUAAUGGAAUCUGAUGGAACUUAACGGGAUUCUUGUAUGAACAUGACAUUCAAGAGGUAGAGCUAGUCUCUCGGUGACGAUGUCGAACAAAGUGACACGGUGGAUCCGAGCUGGCAUUGAGCUGUGUGCAGCUUGCUGGCGUCCUGCUAGCGCGGGGACUCUUCUGCCCCGAGCUAACAAGAGGAAGAGGCGCAGAUACUGGAUGAUAGGGAAAGUCUUGAGGAUUGGCGUGGACAUAUGUCGUGGACAUGGAAGUUCUCUUCGAGUUGAUGGAGAUCAAAAAAGCAAAUCCGUGACUGGAGAAGAGGGUUGUCAAAAUAAGCAAAUAAGUACGAAGGACCACGACCCUACUUCCCCAACUAAAACUGUGAGCGAUGGCGGACACAAACGUGAAGGGAAAGUCCGAACAAGAAAACACAAGCAUAAAAGACGCAAGAUAUCCGGCCGGCGGAAGAUGAGAGAUCGCCUCCUCUGCAAGCUGCAGGCCAGGAAAAACGCAAUUGACCUCAGGUCAAGAUAUCUUGACCUGCAAACAGUCAAAAACUCUGAUGAACUCGGAAUCAGUGAAUUAAAGAAGGGGCCUUUUUCUGAAAAAUUCUUCAAGACAAAGAGUCGGGGCAAACGGAGACAUUCGCUGACUGUGACACAGAUUGACAAGGAGGUGUAUGAGAAGGUUCAGAAGAGAUUUGGCCACUGCAAAUCAGCCUGGGCUGAAUGUGAAGGUCACAUGCGUGAUGUUGCUUCAGUGGAAGAAACGUAUGAUGCAGUGCAUGUAAAAGGACGUCCUGGUAAAAGUCACGUUAGUAAAGCUUCAAUAGGGCCAAAUCAUGGUAGGAACGUUGACGAUCACACACAGGUCUAUGAUAUCAACCAGGAUAGUGGCAAAGAAUAUGAAGGUAUGAGCACUCCUGGCGAAGUGAGUGGGCAGAAUGAGCCGAAUGGUGGACGAGAUCUGGUUAUCAGAGGCAAGUUUGAGUCUGAAAAGCAUAAAGAAGGCACCACAGAUUUGGUUGAUGCUGCUGUUGUUUACGAGUCCUCGUCGGAAGAGUCUGUGAUUUCCGCUGCAGAAGGGGAUGCACAAGGGGUGUUCAGUGACCCUGCCUAUCCCCCGAUAAUAAACAGGCUAACUGCCCGCUGCGUUGGUUUGGAUAUAGAUGAUAAUGACGAUGAUGAUGAUUAUUAUGAUGGGGAUGUCGAUUAUGAUGAUGAUGAUGAUGAUGAUGAAGAAAUCACCACUGACAGCUAUGCUGCUUCCUCCAAAUUGACAGCACAUGGUCCUGACAAAACAUCAGACGAAUGUUCUCACAAUGAUGGCCAACGAGACAGAUCCUCCAUACAGGAUCCAGAGAGGGCUGAAGAAGAUGACUUCACAAACGGAUCAUUUGAGAUAUCCGUAUCCAUCCGCGUUGAUGGACACAAAACAACAGAUUCAAAUAAAUCCAAAGAUAAAACGCAAGACAUCAAUGAAGAAGGUUCAAGUGGAAAGACUCCAAGAUCAAACAAGCAGGAGGCUGGGGACUGGCAGGAUUUACCAGGACAUGCUUCUUGGCAAUCACAACCUCAGACAUCUCCCACAGCUUGUCCUGAAGUUCUGGAUUCAUCUGUCGUGGGUGAACAGUCCGUUGUGAAGCUGACAAAAGCGCCCCUGGUCGGUGAACAGGCUAAAGACUUUCAGGGCACCAUGGCCAAACCUCCACAACAUCCAACUCGAUUAAAGAAAAGGAAAAUUCCUGGUGAAAUCCAAGGGCAAGAGAAUACUGUUGAAGAUCAAGUGAACAUUUCAUAGCAAAGCCAGUACAGAAGUUGUAGUGUACUGUUAAUAAUUCUUCAUACACUGAGAAGAUCAAGAUUCAAGAAGCUUUCUUGUUCACGUUUUAGUUACAAAACAUGAGUGUGUUUGAGAGAGAACUUUUGUCUUUAAUAUAUAUAUGUAUCGCUAAUGACAUGCAAUCGUAACAGAAUCAUAAUCAACAUGAAAUGAAUCUUUCAUUUGAUAAAUUCAUAAUGUGUGUAACAAAUAAUUGAGAUUUAAAUUCUGGGGCCACUUAAGGUCUGUAAAGGGAAUACUUGCAAAAUAAGCGAGUAUCUGGAAGCUAUGUUUUUUCUGUUUUCUAAUGUUAUGUUUUGUUUUCUCUCUGCAUUCAUUGGCUGUCAUUGACUUCCAUCUAACAUAUAAAUAUCAUAUUUUAUGGAUAUAUUCAUAGCUUACAAAAUGUCUCACCAUAACAUACUGGGAUUCAGUAUUCAUAUCACAAAGACAAUGUUAAAAUAACAUGAUCAAUGUUCAUGUCACAAGGAAAAUGUUUCCAGCACACACACAAUAUCAAGGUCAUGUACAUAAUGUGAAGGUCAUGAAGACAAUGUCAAGGUGAUGACCACUAAAGUCGAGGCCAUGAACACAAUGCCUAGGUCAUGAAGGCAACAAUGUUUCUAAACAAGAGCUUC